AUGCCGCACGUGAUAAUGAGGAUGCAGUACGGGUUCCAGUUUGUGAUCAAGUUGCAUGUGAAGUACAAGAUGGUGUCAAGUGAAUCUCAGGACUACGAGAUAAGGAAUCCAAAUCAGAGAACUUGGGAGAAAGUUCUCAAGCAACCCCGAAGGACAACACGAACGGACGGACGUAAGAAGGCUGGAGAGACACCAAGCAACCCUCUGGUGUUAAUAUCAGAAGAAGGAGAAAAGCACGAACCAAAGUCACCUCUAGUCCAAGCAGUUGCAGAAUCACCACCGCGUGAACCUGGCUUCAUAUAUGAAGAGGACGUUGGUGAAGAGAAACCGUUGGCAGAACAAGACAAAGUGGAAGGGUCUGAGCCUCCAUUUAUGAAAUUUUCACCAAUUGUUCAACCUGACCUGUAUGCUGAGAUUCUGAAUAUGAGCAAUUCAGAAUAUCUCCUCUAUUUAAAACAACUGACGUUUGGACCGGUUCUACCCCCUCCUGGUUUCGGUUUCGAUGGGCUCUAUCAACCUCCACCUCCACCAGAGCCUCUUCCGAAGUUUCCACCAAGUCUGCCAGUUCCUGCACCUCUUCCACAAGAAGUUCCUGCUCCUCCACCGCCUCCUCAGCAGAUGCCUCUCAACCCAUUCAUCCGACCCCCUGUAGACUUUACUAGGUUUUUCAAUCAAACCUACUCAUCUUCAAGCUCUAACGGGUCGAUGUUCGAGGAAAGUGAGUCCAAUGGUGACUCAGGACCAGGAUAUGCUCCUUCACCACCAGGAGGUUAUGACUCAAAAGAUUGCAUGAGUACUGGUUUCUCUGCCUGUUGA